CCGCUGUUUGUUGAUAUCGAUAUUACGGAGUCUACGAGUGAACUGAGCUGAGAUUAUAUUAAUUUUCGUGACUGUGUUGUGAUGGAUUGCUAAAAAAUGGAUCUGAGGAUACCAAUGCAGCCGCCAACAGUCCGCCCCUGGCCGUGGCCCGGCUGGGACGCGCGUGGGGACCUCCUGGACCGCUACCAAAGGCGACGGUUCAGGUUGACGCUUCACGAUUUAGCUGAACUCAGAAACAUGCACGAUGCAACCAGAGGACUAAACAUCGACUGGAACCAUCUGCCAAGGCAGGAGAUAGCUGUGUACGUGCCUAAGAACUUGAAACAUUUAAUCAGACUAGACUCAUCAAACUCAGCGCGGGGUACAGGCCUGAAUUACCAGGACGGGUCAUGGCCCCCCAUUCCUCCGACAGGGCGUACUUCUAAAGGAUUCAGCCUGUUUGGUGGAGAGGACUGGAAGCUGCCAGAUUUAAAACACCUAAGACUGCAGCCGCUAGCGUCCCCGCCGCGCGCGGAGCCGCCGCGGGCGCACGCGCGCCACUGGGAGGGCGCGGCGCGCGCGUGGGCGGGCGGCGCGCUCAUACUGCUCGCCGUCGUGCUCAUCGUCAGAGCCCUCGAGAACUGUGUUCACAGGAAGUUCUUUAAAACGAGAAGACGACAAUCAGAAGAGUGGCCCACACCAAACGUUCUUGCUACUAGUCAUCGACACAUUCACGAUUUAGAUCUGUCGUCGUCACCUCGAAUGGAAGAUUCAGACGUUCUACAUUCAGAAGUCAACCAAGAUACAUUCAGCAAUGACCUUCCACCGCCAUACUCCGAAUGUGCCAACGGAGCCAAUACUGAUGCCAACAAAUAUAUUGGCCCAGAAGAACCACCGCCUCCGUAUUCAGCCUGUUACGUAGCGUACUCCAACCCCAAAGAUGGAGUGCCUUCUGUGCAUUUCUUAAACAGACGAAGAGAAAUCAUUUACGAAAACAGACUCGAUGCUGGACAUUCAAGUAGUAUGCCUGAUAUUAAUCUUCAGAACGCUGAUAACACUGCCAAAGAAAGUGACGGUUGUGAUAAUUCUAAAACAGAAUUGGUUUUCGAAAAUGGGAGGGUCAUUGCAAGGGAUUGCAAUAAUGUGAAUAGUGAAAGUAAUACUCCAGUUGAUAGAAAUGAGUGUGUCGUGAAUAUUAGUGAUGCAGGUUCAUCCGACGUACCUGAUAGGUCAAGUCUUCAAGUAUAGAAAUAUAAAACUAAGUAUAAACGUAGAGUAACGUUAUUUUUGUACGUUGUUUUCAUAUAGACCAGUAUUUGAUCUCUAAACGCAUAUUAUAAGGUAUUUUAUAGUCCCAAGCCUGUAGAGUCAGUAAGUUGUAAUCUUUAGAUGAUUUUUGUAAUUUUGUAGUCAUAAAGAUUUUGACACCAUAAGUAGCUGUAGAAAUCACGAACCAAGCAGUAGUUGUAGCUGCAGAUGGAAAUGGAAUAUGAGCAAUAUAUUAGUUGAAUAGGUACUUUUGUAAUUAAAUUAAAAUAAACUGUUAAACAAAGACAAAUUACCACACAACGAAAACAAUUAAUUAAACAUCGUAACUAUUUUAAGUAGUAUCAGCUAGUUGAAUUUUGAAUUAUACUUUUUUGUCAAUCCUCGAAUACCUACUCAAUGGAUCUCUGCUUCGUAAUAUUUUUAAAAUAAAAAAAACAUAAUUUACCACUGUAUUUUAU